AUGACACUGGAGAGCGAUAAACCCAUUCAGUCUCUUCGGUAUGUCCCAACAAGAACCACCGGGUCCUUUUUGCAUGAAGAUGUGAUUUUUGGGCGAGAAAAGGAGAUACGGGAGCUCGUGGGUCAGCUCGUGUAUAAAUCUGAUGAAUGUUCACUGAACAAUGAGCAAAACUUUAGGACUGAGGUGCUUGGUGUUGGUGGGAUCGGCAAGACUACUCUGGCUCAGCUGGUCUAUAAGGAUGAGCGCAUCGUGGAUUCUUUUGAUGUCAGAAUGUGGGUUAGUGUUUCCGGUAACUUCGACAAAACUAGAGUUAUCAAAGAGAUCAUAGCAUCCACAACUGAUGGUGAGAGUGCUGAAUUGGCCAAUUUUAAUUUCAGCCGGCUCCAGUCAGAACUUCAAUGGAGACUUCGUUCGAAGAGGUUUCUCUUAGUGUUGGAUGAUGUGUGGUACGAUGAGAAACAUGGAGAACACAUCAACAAACAAAUGUGGAUGGAAAUAAUAGCUCCUAUUAAGGAAAGUUCUGUAAUCUCUGGAAGUAAGGUUCUAGUGACAACCCGGACAGAAUUGGUUGCAAAAAUGCUGGACUCUAGAAGCUUGUUCACUUUACAAGGUUUGGAAGGAGAUGAUAGUUGGUUACUGUUCAGACGGUGUGCAUUUGGCAGCAGUAAGCCAGAAGGUUAUCCAGAGUUGAAGCAGUUAGGAUACCAAAUUGUUCAGAAACUUAAAGGCUCACCUCUAGCACUAAAGGUUAUCGGAGGACAUUUAAAUGGAAAAUACAGUGAUGCGGAGUGGGAGGAUGUUCUUCACAAAGAUGUCCUCAAUCCAAAUGAUAUUUUGACAACCUUACACUUCAGUUAUGAAAAUUUGCCGGAACACCUCCAGCAGUGCUUUGUAUAUUGUAGUUUAUUCCCAAAAGGUUACCGUAUUGAUUCAAAUAGAUUAAUCUGGAUGUGGAUAGCUCAGGGCCUUGUUCAUCUAGAAGGAUAUAACAGUAGAAGCUUGGAAGAUAUUGGAAGGAGCUAUUUCAAUGAUCUGUUAGUUCGGUCAUUUUUCCAAAAACUCUGCUGCGGUGAUCAAACAUAUUACACUAUGCAUGAUUCAAUGAAUGACCUCGCACUUCAUGUUUCCCAUGGCGAAUGCUUUAGGAUUGACCAUGGCAGCAUUGGGGUGUUACCUUAUCAUAUUAGGCAUUUGUCUGUGUCUGCCGAACAAUUUGGAGAUCUUGUGAACUAUGAUGGUCUUGGAAGAUUGAGGACAUUUAUAGUUCUGAAUGAUUCUUGGUUCUGCUCCAAAGACUAUCUGAGUCAUGAUAUACUCGAGAAACUCAAGAGUGUCCGGGUGUUGGAUUUAACCGGAUGCUGCUUUGGAAACUUGCCAAAAGCUGUCAGUGAUCUGAGGCACCUGCGUUAUAUAGCCAUCCGACGCACUUAUUACCCACUGCCCACAACAAUCUCCAGACUCAAUCAUCUACAGUCCUUGUUUGUGCAGUAUCAUUCGUGUUAUCCUGUGAAGAUAUCUUGCUCAAACAAUAGAAAACAUCUGAAAUAUUCAAGCAGGAAUGCUACUGGACGCUAUUUCAGUCUUCCUGAAAGCAUUAGCAGGCUUAUUAACUUGGAGCAUGUCGAUGUAGAGAAGGCUUACACUCUCACAUUAUCAGGUAUACAUCAGCUUCCGUGCAUUGAGGGUUCAGUAGAAUUCCUCGUUGACAAGGAAGAGCAAAGUUUGGUCCAACUGAAGGAUCUCAACAAGUUCAGGGGAGAGCUUUCUGUUAGGUUUCUGGAGAAUGUAAAAAACAGGGAGGAAGCUGCAAAGUCUGAUCUAGACUUGAAGGAGCACAUCUCUAAGUUGGAGCUACAAUGGGAAUCAUGUGAUGGUGCUCAUGAUAUUGACAAGGGCUUUGAGGUGCUUGAUGUGUUAAAGCCGCACCGCAAUCUUCACGAGCUAACUAUCAGUGGGUACCCAGGUGUCAAGUCUCCUUCUUGGUUAGAGUCUGAUUGGCUGAGAAGAUUGAAAUUGAUCUGUCUACGAGAUUGUAAGAGAUGGGAGGUCCUUCCACCUUUAGGGGAUCUCCCCUUACUCAGAACUCUUGAAGUGCGGCGAAUGAAAAAACUAAAAGCACUCGGUCAGGAGUUUUUUGGCCAUGCUGGAUUCCCUUUUUUGGAAACAUUGCUACUAGAACGCCUACCCAAAUUGGAGUGGUGCCUUGUGGACAAUGACAAAGUCUUGCAGAAUCUCAGACAUCUCUCUGUAGCUGGUUGUCCACGGCUAAGAGCAUAUCCCACCCAUGCUCGUACACUCAGACAUAUAGCUAUACUUGACAAGGAAACAAUCAAAGUUAAGUUACGGUGGGAUAGUCUUGAUCUGUCAAAAUCAUUUUGUCGCCUUGUAUCAAGUUCCUUCCAUGUCUUGCAUGCUCAUCACCUAGAGUUUGUACAAGAUAUGGGGAUCUAUGUGGAGCGUUUGGUAGACACGUCCAUCACCGUGUUUAACAAUCUGAAAUCACUUAAACAGUUGCAAAUAUGUGGCAACAACCUGGCAGAAAGCUUCUCCGUAAUUGCUACAUUGUGGAAUGAGAAUGGGAGCACUGUACUUCCUUCAUCACUUCGAUUCCUUAAGUUAAAAGGGUGCUACCUGCAACCAUCCUCUUUCAACAAGUUACUGAAGAAUCUCUCGUCGCUUGGUGCACUACACUUAAGCGAAUGUGACACUGUUGAGAUACCGGGUAUACCGGUAAGCCUACACCACUUGACGAUGCUGAAACAGUUGGACAUUCAUACAUGUGAUUGGAUAUCAUCCAUUGAGGGAGCAGAAGCACUGUUGUCCCUUGAAGAGAUGACAAUUAAAGAAUGUUAUGCUCUGGAAUCUGUACCGUACUUAGAUGACAUGCCAUCUCUUCAAAAGCUACAUUUAUCCGAGUGCCCUCAAGUUAUGCGACUGUCUAAAGCAGGCCACCAGACAGCCCUGAAGGAGCUGAUUGUAAAAUUUUGUGAUAGGCUAUCAUCUCUGCGACAGUUGUGUGACCUUGUUUCGCUUGUGAGGCUGACGAUUAGUGGUUGUUCUAAUUUAUUGUGGCUUCCGGAUAUGGAUGGUUUUUAUUCGCUUCGGGUUCUCUCAAUUGAUCGGUGCCCCCGGCUGAUGUCACUGCCACGGAGUGGUCUUCCUGUAUCACUUGAAACAUUUUUCCUUUCUGAAUGCAAUCAAGCAUUGGAGGAGCAGUUUCAGCAAAAGGAAGGUCCAGACUGGAACAAGUUUGUUGCCCUUCCAGGAUGCAAGUGGGAACCUUGUUGGUAA